CAAUGCCUGAGGUUUCACUUUUCUGCCUGAGGCAGUAUAAAGUUCUCCCGCAAUCCCGCACUUAAUCCCGCCAGGUCUACAUGCGUUCCAGCCAUGACCUCAAUUUAAGGGUGGUUCAGGCGAAGGAGAGGUGAAUAAAGAUUGCAUAGAAACACGCAAUUCCUCAUACAGACCUGACAAAGUUUAAGAUCGUCAAUCAACCUCUCAUAUAAAGUACGACAGAACCGUGCAUUGUCUUCUACCCGCAAAGCCGCGGUAAACGGAUAGCCGAUUCGAGCCGCCCCGCGAACCCCCUUGUUGGGACAAUUACAGGCUGUGGUCUGGGUCAAUUCGAGUCCCACCCAUGCACUGUCGUUUAAGGCUUAGACGAACCUGAUAUAGAGCGUUGGGGAAAGAUUUUUCUCGGCAUAUCGAUCGGGGCCCCUCCUACCCCAAAGCGUACUGCUCCUACCCUUCGCGGAGAACUCCUACAAGAAAAGUGUGUCGCACAAGAAACUUGCGUCUAGAUUCCUUCUCUUAGGGCCCUCUCUUUAGUUUCUAUUUUUCUUCUUUCACGGUCCCUUCCAAUAUUGUGGCCAGUCUUUACGGUCUGUGAUAUUGACACACUUCUGCUCACUCAUCACGAUGCCUCACAUUGAUGAAGCUAUAGCGCCGGAGGCGAAGGAGCUCUGGCGCCCUUCAUCCCCUGAAAAGACACAAAUAUAUGAUUUCAUGACCAAGGUGAACAAGAAGCACGGCCUCUCUCUCAAUAACUACAAUGCCCUCUGGAAAUGGAGUGUCUCAGAGCCUGCCCAGUUCUGGGAGGAAAUCUGGCACUAUACUUGCAUUAAGGCUCACGAGCCGUACAAGAAGGUUCUCGAGUCCAAGGAGCUGAUGUUCCCUCGGCCUACGUUCUUCGAGGGAAGCACCCUCAAUUUCGCCGAGAAUCUCCUUUACCCAGCCAAUGCUCCGGAUGAGGACUCCGUCGCCAUCAUUGGCGCCACGGAGGCAGAUCGCGAGUUUAUCUCGUGGAAGCAGCUUCGUGAGCGUGUUCGUCAAUGCGCCAGUGCCUUGAAAGAGGCUGGUUUGAAGACGGGUGACCGUGUGGCAGGCUUUGUCGGCAAUCAUGCAGACACUGUCGUCGCGAUGCUGGCCUCGGCCUCAAUCGGCGCUUUCUGGACAGGUGUGUCUCCCGAUACGGGUGUUCACGCUGUGCUCGAGCGCCUGAAACAGAUUGAGCCUAAGAUUGUUUUUGCGGAUAAUGCCUCGCUUUAUAAUGGCAAGGUGCAUGGGUCAUACGCCAAGGUUCGCGAGAUUGUUUCUGAGUUGCCCGAUCUAGAGCUUCUCGUGAUAUUCGAGACUGCCAAGUCCGUUGAUUUCAACCUCGAAGGUGUUCGCCCCACAAAUGGAAAGGUCUUGACUUUGGGGGAGUUCCAACUCACUGCCCGUGAUCAGAAUGCUCCUCUUGAGUUUGCAAGCUUGAAGCCCGAGCACCCUGUCUAUAUUCUCUAUUCCUCAGGGACCACAGGUGCACCCAAACCCAUUGUUCACGGAUCAUUGGGAACAUUGCUUCAACACAAGAAGGAGCAUCUUCUGCACUGCGAUAUUCGCCCUGGCGAUCGGCUUUUCUACUUCACUACGACCACUUGGAUGAUGUGGCACUGGCUUGUCUCUGGUUUGGCCAGUGGUGCUACCAUCGUUCUUUACGAUGGCUCACCAUUCCGUCCCUUCGAUGUUGAGGGCGGCAAUGGAGAAAUGGCCAUGCCCCGCCUCAUCGACGAGCUUCAGAUCACCCACUUUGGUACCUCGGCCAAGUACCUGUCUAUGCUGGAGCAGGCGGCUCUAAACCCUCGCAAGCAUGCCCAUCGACCUGUGACUCUGAAGACCUUGAGGGCUAUUUUCAGCACCGGAUCACCCCUGGCCCCUUCGACCUUUGAGUAUAUCUACUCCUCGAUCCAUCAAGAUAUUAUGUUAGGCUCUAUCACCGGUGGCACGGACAUCCUGUCCCUGUUUGCCUCGGGAUGUCCCAUCCUACCCGUCUACAAGGGUGAAAUCCAAUGCCGAUCUCUGGGCAUGGCUGUUUCGGCCUUCGACUACGCCGGAAACGAUAUCAGUGACUCUGGCGAACCCGGUGAUCUUGUCUGUACCAUGCCUUUCCCAGCACAGCCAGUCAUGUUCUGGCCUCCCGGUCCUACCGGCCUGGAGAAAUACCGAAAGAGCUAUUUUGACGUGUUUGGACCUUCCAUCUGGCACCACGGAGACUUUGUUCGGGUGAAUCCCCAGACCGGCGGUGUUGUCAUGCUUGGCCGCAGUGACGGUGUGCUCAAGCCAUCGGGUGUCCGCUUCGGCAGUGCAGAGAUCUACAAUGUCCUACUCAAGCACUUCACUGAUGAGAUUGAAGAUUCUUUGUGCGUUGGACGCAGACGAGAUGGUAUCGACAGCGAUGAGACGGUUGUCCUCUUCGUCAAGCUCGCGCCCGUGUGCCCCUCUGAUAUCAAGACCCUUUCUGCCCGGAUUCAGGCCACUGUCCGCAAAGAGUUGAGUGCUCGCCAUGUUCCUGGCGUGAUCGACGUUUGUCCCGAGAUUCCUGUCACUUCAAACGGCAAGAAGGUUGAGAAUGCUGUCAAACAAAUUUUGUGUGGCCUCAACAUCAAGAUUGGAGCAAGUGUUGCCAAUGCUUCUUGUCUUGACUGGUAUCGCAACUGGGCCGUGGAGCACCCAUAAUCAUGUUUUUUGUUUUCUGAAUUUCAAUAGAAUAAUCUAGUAAUAAUGUGCAAUGAACAAUAUCCUUCGUCUACCA